UUUUAUUGACAUAGAACUAACUGAAGCACAAGUCAUAUGACUGAAAUACAGGUACAUGUACUAGAGAUAAACUACCUUAGAUAUAAUAUGACAAGUUUUUAUGUUUACAGGUUUAACCAUGGCCACCUCAAGUGAUAUUGAUGAAGAGAGUUAUAAGGAGGUUAUAUGGAUCAAAAAGACUGAUAAACCUAAAUGCCCCUGCCCAGUUUGUAAUGAACUGUUUGAGGUGCCACAACAUGGAGCAAAAGGGCUGAAAGGGAAUUAUAUUCUCAAUGGUAUGUUGGAGAUCCUGCAGAGAAAACUAAGGAAAGAAUCCCCAUUGGUGGAGACAAUCAAUUGUGAUAUCUGUAUUAAAGAGGAUGAGACAUUGAAAGCAGAGUUUAGGUGUAUUGACUGUGCCCAGAAUAUAUGUAAACAUUGCAAGCGAGCUCAUAACAGUAUAAAAGCAGUGAAAUCCCAUAAAGUGAUCCCAAUUACUGGAGAUGAAAACGUUGACUCAAAAAUGAUUCUAGACUCCAUGUCUCAAAGAUCAAAAUUCUGUCCAGAUCACCCUGAAGAACAGCUGAAAUUCUACUGCAAAAGCUGUAUGGUUGUCCUCUGUAUGCAUUGCUGUGUCACAACACACAGUGGCCAUAAGUGUGAGGAGUUGGCCAAAACUGCAAAAUCUGAUAUUAACCAAAUUGAAACUCUCAUCAAACUGUACAUAGAGCAAGAAAAUGAAUUUGAUAUGGCAAUUAAGCAGCAAUCACAGCAUAGAAAAGAUGAGCUGACAAAAGCUGAAAUUGUAAAAACACAAAUUGAAGCAUCAAGAAAAGCCCAUAUUGACAAUGUGAAUAGACAUUAUGAAGACCAGACUCUUAAGAUACAGACACACAUAAAAGUUCUUAAUAGUGAUAUUGAUAAACUUGAACUUGAAAAGGGAAUCAUGAUGAGCACACGUAAUGCCCUGAAUGCCCAAAAACAAUAUGGACACCCUGCUGACAUCAUUCAAAUGCGCAAAGAUGUGGCAAAGAAAAUACAAGAUCUGACAAAAUUGCUGAAACAAUCCAAAUCAGAAGAACUUAAUGAACAUCAAACAAUAAUGACAUUUGCUGAAGGAAAAAUAUGUAAAGAAAGCAGUACUUAUGGAAUUGUAAAGAUUCUUCCUAAUAUGAGAUCUGAAUUGUUGUUUGAUACAGAUGAAGUCUAUAACUUAAAUGAUGUUGCAAUAUCAAAAAAUGGAUGGAUCGUAAUAGCAGAAGGAAAGAAUCUUCACUUUCACAACUCUAAAACACUUCAAAGAGAAUAUUUAGGAAGGGAUAUUAACUGUAGUAGAAUGUGUUUCUCAGAAAAUGGCAUAUUUGGAAUCACAAAGGACACCAAUAAAAUAUUUCUUAUAAACAAAAGUCAAAUUACACAAGUCAAGAUUCCUGAACUAGCUACCAAUAAUGAUUGCUCCAUAGCAAAACGCACACAAGCAAACCACAUCAUAGUAGCAAACAACAAUGGAUGUAUAUCAAUAGUUGACUACAAGAAGAAGAGCAUUGUAUCAUCAUUCAAGCAUGAGCACAUAACUGAUUGGAUUGCUACUAAUAGUCAAGAUCACAUAAUCCUAUCAGAUUGGCAUGGUAGCAUAGUCUAUUGUAUUGAUGCAAAAGGAUAUAAUAUCUUCAAGUAUGGACAAAAUCAUCCUACAAAAUACAACCUGUACCACCCUGCUGGUGUUUGUGUGGACAAAUAUAACAAUAUUGUGAUUGCAAGUUACGGUUCCAACUCUGUACACCUUAUCAACUCAAGUGGGCAUUUCAUCAAAGAAAUUGUCAAGGUGAAAAAUCCAAAAGUUGUAGCAAUAGACAAUGAAGGCAAGCUCGUUUUGCUUACAGGUGAAGGCAAGAUACACAUCAUUGAGUAUCAAUAAUACAAACAUGUGGCAGUUCUCAUUCUGUAGUGUGAAACAGAAACAUUUGCAAUAAAUACUAGGACUACCUGGUUGUGUCAAAACAUUGAUAUCAGUCCAAAACAUAAUCAAGUGGCUCACAAUGAAAGGACAAAAACUGUUUCACUGUAAGGGCUAUUCAAUCUUGAUGACUUGAUGUGGUUGUUUUGAAGGGAGAGUGAUGAAGUCAAGAUUUUAUUACCACCAAGUUUUUUUGACAGACUUAAUGCUUUGACCCAAACCUUGAAACAAGAGCAGAGACCAUGAGAGAGAUGGAACAAUAAAGAAUUUUUUAAAUAUCAUUCAAUUUUGUGUUGCUUAUGGAAUUAACUAUACAAUGCAAUAUACCCUUGUAUCUCCAUAAGCUCAUAAUAGCAAAGUAACACUUUUU